AUUUCUUGGUUGUGUUCUUUGUUCUUCUUCUUACACGAAUCUUGUCUUUAUCAACUUAUGUAUAUAUAUAAGUAAUGGCUGCUAUGGGUUUUUAGCUGCUUUUAUCACCGCUUUUGCAUAUGACAUCUUCUUAAGAGUCUGAAAUUAGCUUGGUGAAGCUCUUAGCUAGCUGAAAAACAGUCAAGAAAAGGUAUAGUUGAUCAACGCAUAAAGGCGUCGUGAACAAGUAAAAAAGACAAGUUUAAUUUGGAAACACAGUUUGAAGAGAAAUCACAAAAUGGGCGUACCAGAAUCGGAGAUGGUGUCACAAGGUGAGGUUGAAUCACCAUUGCAACCAGAUCAAAACCAGCACAAGAACCAUCAGUUCCCGUCCCUCGGUAGACAAGCAUCGAUCUACUCCCUCACUCUCGACGAAUUCCAACACACCCUUUGUGAAAGUGGCAAGAAUUUCGGGUCGAUGAAUAUGGAUGAAUUCCUUAACAGCAUUUGGACUGCUGAAGAAAAUCAAGCCCAUGCCCAUGCCCACGCCGCGCAUGCGCACUCGAACGCGCAUUCUCAUGGUCAUAGCCAGGCACCAAGUACAGGGGAAGCAACUAGCACACCACAUUUUGCGAUAGGACAGAGCAAUGUUUCAAUGGAGAAAGCUAUUGCCAAGCAGCCAAGCUUGCCAAGACAGGGUUCUCUUACGCUUCCGGAACCUUUGUGUCGAAAAACUGUGGAUGAAGUUUGGUCAGAAAUUCAUAAGAGCCAAAAAGAGCAACAUCAGAAUAAUGGGGGCAGUGUCCAGGACACGGGUAAUUCCACUCAACGACAGGUCACAUUUGGUGAAAUGACACUCGAGGAUUUCUUGGUGAAAGCAGGGGUAGUACGCGAACAGGAGAAUGCAGCCGUCCCUGCACCUCCUCAACAGCAAUCAUAUAUGAUGUAUCAAAACAGCAACAAUCCCGCUAUGGCCACUAUGGCUCGGCCUGUUAUUGGCGUAGGUGGAGUCACGGGCGGUGUUGGAGUUGGCAUUCCUAGCUAUCCGCCACUUCCUCAGAGCGGGGUGGUCGAGGCCCCUGUGUACCCCGUAAGUAUGAAACGGGGUGGCGGAUUCCCACAACAGCCGACGGCCGUUUAUGGUGGGAGAAUGGGGAAUGGUGGCGGGGUCGGGUAUGGGCAAGUACAAGGGGUGGCGGGGAUGGGGUCGCCACUAAGUCCAGUAUCGUCGGAUGGAUUAUGCGUUAAUCAAGUCGAUAGCGGGGGACAAUAUGGGUUGGAAAUGGGAAUGAGAGGAGGAAGAAAACGCAUAAUAGACGGUCCGGUAGAGAAAGUGGUGGAAAGGAGGCAAAGGAGAAUGAUCAAGAAUAGAGAAUCAGCAGCAAGAUCAAGAGCAAGAAAGCAGGCUUACACAGUAGAACUUGAGGCAGAACUGAACCAGCUAAAAGAAGAGAAUGCACAUCUAAAACAGGCCCUGGUAGUAAAUAUAUUAGCAGAAAUGUCCUUAAUUUUGGAGUGGAGCUCGAGAGGAAAAGGAAACAACAGUACUUUGAUGAAGUGAAAAUGAAAGUGCAAACGAAAGCGCAAAAGGCGAAUGACAAAUUGAGAGGUAUGAGGAGGAGCUUGAGUUGCCCUUAGUGACAGAAGUACCUCAUCAGUAGAUAUGAACACGAGAUAUAGUAGAAUGACUGGCGAAGAGCAAAUGUUCCGUUCCCUUUUGCUCGCGAGAGAUCAAUGGUUCUUGCAGUUAUUUCUCAUGUUCUUAAUAACCAUGUAAUGGCGUCAAGGUAAGGCGGAAAGGUACGUGCACACAGAGAAGCUUGCAAGACCAGAUGUUGUAGUCUUUUGACUUGCAAAUGUUUGAUUUCAAGCAGAUUUAGUACUUAGUAGUUAGUAACUAAAGAUUGAGUGUGUGUGUAGUUAGUGAGUUUUAGCUUUCUUGAGUUACAGAAUAUGUAUACAAAUUCACUUGAGCUAAAACACAACUGUAACAAUCAAGAAGAGGUUCUAUGGUUGAUAAGACAACUACUAAUAGUUUAUUUC